GGAAAGAAACCUUUUAGCUGCUCAGAUUGUGGCAAGAGCUUCUCAGAGAAAUCGGGCCUUUUUCGACACCACAGGAUCUGUUCAGGAGGGAAGCUAUUUAUUCCCUCAGAGACCGGAAUGGUGAUCUCUGAGGGAGGAAAAGGCAAUAUACAUUUUCCAAAGCACAGUACAAUGAGUGCAUACAAAUGCUUUUGGUGCGGAAACUACUUCAAGUACAAAUCACAGCUCUUUGUGCACCAAAGGACACACCGAGGGGAGAAGCCUUUUGACUGCUCAGAGUGUGGGAAGAAAUUCAGUCACAGUACCGCUCUUCAAAAUCAUGUAAGAACCCACACAGGAGAGAAGCCCUUUGAAUGCUCCGAGUGUGGAAAGAGAUUCAGUCGGAGUGAUGCUCUUCAAAAUCACUUGAGAACCCACACAGGGGAGAAGCCUUUCAAAUGCUCUGAGUGUGGAAAGAGAUUCAGUCGGAGUGACUCUCUUCAAAAUCACUUGAGAAUCCACACGGGGGAGAAGCCUUUUGAAUGCACAGAGUGUGGGAAGAGAUUCAGUCACAGUAGCGCUCUUCAAAAUCAUGUAAGAACCCAUGCAGGGGAGAAGCCUUUUGAAUGCUCUGAGUGUGCAAAGAGAUUUAGUAGGAGAGAUGCUCUUCAAAACCAUCUAAGAACCCACACAGGGGAGAAACCUUUUGAAUGCUCAAAGUGUGGGAAGAGAUUCAGUAAGAGUGGCCAUCUUCAACAGCAUCUAAGAGCUCACACAGGGGAGAAGCCUUUUGAAUGCUCAGUGUGUGGAAAGAGGUUCAAUCACAGCGGCACUCUUCAAAAACAUCUAAGAACCCACACAGGGGAAAAGCCUUUUGAAUGCUCAGAGUGUGGCAAGAGAUUCAGUCAGAGUGGCCAUCUUCAACAGCAUCUAAGGGCCCACACAGGGGAUAAGCCUUUUGAAUGCUCAGAGUGUGGGAAGAGAUUCAGCAACAGUAGCAGUCUUCAACAACAUCUAAGAACCCACACAGGAGAGAAGCCUUUUGAAUGCUCAGAGUGUAGAAAGAGAUUUCAUCAAAGUGGCGCUCUUCAGAAUCAUUUAAGAACCCACACAGGGGAGAAGCCUUUUGAAUGCUCAGAGUGUGGGAAGGGAUUCAGCCACAGUGGCAGUCUACAACAUCAUCUAAGAACCCACACAACGGGGAAGCCUUUUGAAUGCUCAGAAUGUGGGAAGAGUUACAGUAGCAGUAGAACUCUUCAAGAACAUCUGAGAACCCACACAGGGGAGAAGCCUUUUGCAUGUUCUGAGUGUGGGAAGAGAUUCAUUCGCAGUGGCCAUCUUCAAAAUCAUCUAAGAACCCACACAGGGGAGAAACCUUUUGAAUGUUCUGAGUGUGGGAAGCGAUUCAGUCACAGUGGCACUCUUCAAAGUCAUCUAAGAACCCACACAGGGGAGAAGCCUUUUGAAUGCUCAGAAUGUGGGAAGAGUUUCAGUCAAAGUGGCCAUCUUCUAAAGCACCUAAGAACCCACACCAUGUAACUUCUUAGCCCAGAGAUAUCAAACUCAUUUGUUACGAGGGUUAGAUCUGACAUAAAUGUCACUUUGUCCUUCAGGAUCAUGUGUGCCAUAAAAUGUAAUACUAGGUACCAGAAAUAUAAACUU